GAUGGAGUCCUCAUAAAACCAGACUUAGCUGCAGAAAAGGCUUUCAUUGUGGGUCUUUCAGAAGACGUCAUGAAGAUUGAGCCAAUAUUCAGAAAACUGGUAGAAGAAACCACUAGACAACUGAGCAGAGUGGAAGAGAAUGUGCCUCUUGAGCCCGAAGCUUAUAAAUUAAUGCUGGCGCACGGUUUGGAGAAAAGCAUCCUGGAAGAUUCUCCACAUGUGAAAAUUAGCUACGACGGAAUUUCUAAGGCAGUCAAACUUUAUGGGCCAAAAGAUGAAGUUUCCACUGCCAAAUGUGAAAUUCUCAAUACUAGACAAAGCUUGAAAUUCAAAUCUGUUCACCUCGAUCCACACAUCAUCAAGUUUCUGAAGGCAGUGGACAAUGAAGAAUUGUCAUGUAGUCUUCUUAUGAAAAACAACAUAAAAGCAGCUUUUCAGGUGAAAGAUAAUGCAGUCAUGUUAACUGGUUACUCCGAUAACGAUCUGAGAAAUGGUGAAGAAACCAUGAAGAAGGAAUUGGUCUGUAAGCAAAUUUCUGUUGAGGAUAAAAGUGUCACUCAGAGUCCGGAGUGGGGAAAUCUGAAGAGCUUCCUAAUGGAGAAGAUUAAAAUUGAUGGGAUGAAGGUUUCCAUAGAGGAGUUCCCUGUGAGGGAUGGAACUGAGGUGGUGAUCACUGGUCUAUCCUCACCUGCAGAAGAAACCUACCAGCAGAUCCAUGACUUUGUGGAGAAGAACACUUUGGUGGAGAAGGACAUCAAACUGAGGUCAGUGGCGGUGUUGCGGUUUAUGGAGGAAAAAAGAACGCAGGAAUGGAAUGAAAUAUUACGGAAUGUGAAGGUUGUGAAGAAACAGAACUUCAUCUCCUUGUCUGGCCCAAAGUUCUAUGUAGAGGAGGCAGAAACCAACAUAAUAAAAAUGAUUUCCAAAAUGUAUUCUGACACUUUAUACAUUGAUAAGCCCGGGGUCAAAAAAUUCUUUAUUGAAGAUGAAAAUAUGUAUGUUACUACAGUAUGGAACAAUCACAAAUGUGUGAUACAACUACAGAAGGAGGUCGAUGACAGAAUUUCCAAUAGAAAUGAGCUCCAUUGCCAAGUCAGCCAGAAUGGAGCCACAAUGGUUAUAUAUAAAGGUGAUCUGUGCCAACACAAUGCUGAUGUCAUCAUAAUUGCCUCAAAUAAGAAUUUAAAGCCAACUGGGGGACCAGCGCUGGCUUUGGUGAAAGCAGCAGGACCCAGUUGUCAGAAAGUAUGUGAACGCAUUGUUCAGAAGAAAGGGGAGCUGGAGCCGGGAGAGUGUGUCAUAACAGAUGUGAGCAAUUUAUCAUGUAAGAAGGUAAUUCAUGCAAUUGCACCCAAAUUGGAUAAAAAAGGAAAUACAAAAUGUGAGCGUCUUCUACGGAAAGUGAUAACCGAGAGCUUGGUGAUGGCUGCAGAGAAUGGUCAAAGCUCUGUUGCACUUUCUGUUGGUGAUUUCAUUAUUUCUGGGUGUCCCUGGGACCUGUGCGCCCAUAACAUUGUAAAAUCCAUAAAAUCAUACACAGAAAGCCAAGAAGGAGACAGCACCAUCAAAAACAUCCAUCUCCUGGACAGUGAUGAAGACAUUCUAAAGACUAUCACUGAAUUUGUAAAUGAAGAGUUUGAGGAAAAACAGGUCCAGGUUUCUUCCAAACGUGGCAUGAAAAAGCAGAAGAGGACAAUUCCUAAGGAAGGGGAAACAAUGAACAAAGGCAAAGAUCAAAUGGUGACCACCAAGGAAGGGUUGAACAUCAAUAUAAAACAUGGAAAUAUUGAAAAUGCAACGACCAAUGUGGUGGUGAACAGUGUGGGGACAGACCUAAGUCUUCGUUCUGGAGCUGUGUCCAAGGCUCUGCUCAGGAAGGCCGGAAGCAACCUCCAGGAUCUUCUGAUGACACAGAGACAGGGGAGGCAGGUGGAAUAUGGCUCCAUAUUUGUUACCGAUGGCUGUAAUCUGUCCUGUGACUCUGUUAUCCAUGCUGUGGUUCCAGAAUGGGAUCGAGGUUACGAUUCCUCUGAGAAGAUUCUGAGAAAAAUUGUGAGCGACUGUCUGAGCGUCACGGAAUCCACACAUCAAAGAUCCAUCACAAUCCCAGCCAUCGGGACGGGAAUGCUGGGAUUCCCCAAGCACGUUGUGGCUGCCGCAAUGUAUGAAGAAAUUCUGGAGUUCAGCAGCAGAAAUCAGCCCCAGUACCUGAGACAAGUGGAUUUCAUGCUGCACCCGAGUGACCUGGAAACCAUCGAGGUUUUUAACUCUGAGCUGGAGAAAAAGAUCAACACUGGAGGACAGAAGAAAGACAAACCCCAAUCUUUCUUCGGGAAUGUGAAAAGCCCGGCACAGAACGUUUAUGAAAUGAGGAUUGGAUCACUCACCUACCUGGUGAAAACUGGAGAUAUAAACACAUGAAAAGUGUGACGUCAUCGUCAACUCCACCAAUAGCACGUUCAACCUCAAAUCAGGAGUUUCCAAAGCCAUCCUGGAAGGGGCGGGGCCUAAUAUAGAAAGUGAAUGUGCCAGGCUCGGAACCCAACCUAACAACGGGUACGUGGUCACAAAAGGAGGAAAUCUCCAUUGCAACAAUAUAAUCCAUGUUGCCGGCCAAAGUAAAUCGCAUUUAAUAGGGAAGUGUGUAACGGAAGCCCUGCACAUAUGUGAGAGACAACAAGCAACCUCAGUGGCCUUCCCGGCCAUGGGGACAGGUGUCGCUGGUGUGUCCUCUGCGGCAGUGGCUGACUCAAUGCUAGACGCCGUGGUGAAUUUUGUCAUGUCUAAACCAGCCGCGACCGUCCAACAUGUGACGAUGGUGAUAUUCAAGCAACAAAUGUUAAAAGAUUUUUAUAACAGUAUGAAGAAGAAGGAACCACCACCUGGAACCAAACAACAGUCCUGGUUUUCUAGGAUCACAGCGGCCAUUUUUGGUACGGGCAAAUCUGACAAAAGCAAUGACAGUAAAGAAGAAGAAGUAGAAGAAGAAGAGCCCAAAGUUUUUGAGCUGAGAGAAAACAUCGAGCCGGCCAUUUUCCACCUGUGUGCAGAAAGCCGUGACUCUGUGAACGAGGCCAUAGACAGGCUCCAAGACCUCAUAGCAAAGGAUCAACAUGACGAUACUAUCACAGAUACCUGGAUACAGGACUUAGAUGAUAAGCACCAUGCCGUCCUGGCUCAGCUUCAGCGGGACAACGGAGUUUAUAUUUCUUUCGACUUACCACAGUCCACCAUCAAGGUGAAAGGCCGCACCAAGGAUGUCCUGGAUGUCAGUAAUAAAAUCAAGGAGAUGAUUAAAGGUGUGCGAGAUAAGAAGACGCAAGAACGAGAGGCGGAGCUGUAUGGCAACUUGGUGGAGUGGGGAUAUUACCAAGGCACCAACUUUAUCCCCUUCGACAAAAUGACAAACCUGGAGCUGGAAAAGGCUUGUAGUGAAAAAGGUUCUGUGGAUAUUGAAAUCGCCGGCAUAAAAUACAAGGCAAUUACAGAGAUAAAAAAAGCAAACGAUGCCAAAGGGAACACAAUUAAGCUGCAGCGGAUCCCAAAACAUGCCGCGCCCCUCGUAAUCCCUCCGUAUUGGGAUGUCAUGGACAACAUCCAGCUGAAGGUGGUACCUCUGAACAGCAGCAGCCCGGACUACUCAGAGGUGGAGGGACUCUUUACACAGACGUGUCAAAUGAGAAUCAUUAAGAUUGAGAGAAUACAGAACAAACAUUUGUAUCAAAAUUACCAAAUUAAGAAGAACAGCAUCGAUACCAAGAACGGCACCAGGACCAAUGAGAAGAGGCUCUUCCAUGGCACCGAGAUUGAGACAACCAAGCAUAUAAAUUGUAAUGGGUUCAACAGAGCCUACGCUGGGAGCAAUGCUGCGUUGUUGGGAAGAGGGACGUAUUUCGCUGCUGAAGCCAUUUACUCUUCGGAUGAUACGUACUCCAAACCGGAUACAAAUGGAUACAAAUACAUGUACCUGGCCCGUGUCCUCACCGGUGUGUACUGUGCUGGGAAUAGACCAUGAUCGCCCCUCCAGCCAAGAGCCCAUCGAACCCCACCGACCUGUAUGACAGCGUCACAGACAGCGUAUCAGGACCCUCGGUGUUCGUGAUAUUUAAUGACAUCCAGGCCUAUCCGGAAUACCUCAUCACCUUCACCAAGUGA